GCAUCCGAGGGUUCUACAUGGAGAUGCCCAUGGAGUGACAUGUCUGAAGGAGACUUGAUACAAUGGAGAUUAAUCUCACCACACUUUUACCUCUACGUAUAACUUGCGAGCUUCUAAGGUCACUCACAAGUUGAAUUGUCACAUAGUCAUAAAUUGAACAUGGCUACUUAUAGCUAGGAGCCACAUGAACCAUGAACAGAGCCCGCUGUCUACUCCGGUUCCAGCGUGUGUUGUUCCUGGCCCCCUCUGUCAGAGCAGCUGUCCAACAUGCUACCCUGUGUCAGACAGCCACAGCUACCCUGUGUCAGACAGCCACAGCAUUUCCCCUAAUUACACUACACAACACCUGUGGCCAGGCACUGAGGCGUUUCCAUGGCAGCCCUGGAUGUUAAAAGAGCCAGCUUGUACCCACAGACCUAGAGGACGAGGGUAGAAUAAAUGACAAGUCACUGAUAACUCAUGAUGACCUGUUUGAGAGGGUGGCCAGGAAGGCAAAGACUAAAGCCACCUUCAACGGAGUGGUGGAUGUCUUCAGGAAGAGGGGCAUAUGGCAUCGAUGUCACGUAGAGUUCAUUUACGCAGCCUUGAAGAAGGUGCCAGAGUUCGGUGUGGAACGGGACCUUACAGUUUACAACAAGCCAGUGGAUGUUUUCCCCAAGGAGGUGUUUGUGCCCAGGAACUUUAUCCAGUGCAUGUUCAACCACUACCCCCGACAGCAGGAGUGUGGGGUGCACCUGCUGGAACAGAUGGAGAACUAUGGUAUCAUGCCAAAUGUCGAGACUAAGGUCCAGAUCUUCAGGGACAAGAUUCACCCUAUGAGGAAGUACCAGCGCAUCUUCUGAUGGUUCCCCAAGUUCAAGCACGCCAACCCCUUUCCCGUCCCACUGCAGCUCCCUGGGGACCUUGUUGACUUGGUCCGCCUCAGUCUCAACCGCUUCACUAACAACCUAUAUUUAAUUGAUCAGUUAUCAUUGGCUAGGUGCAACUCCAGAUGAUGCACUGCAAACAUACGGUUCUCAAUGUUGUUACCAGUCAAAAGCUUGGACACACCUACUCAU